GCCAAGGCGUAGAGCCAGCUUUCUUAAGCUGAACUUCAUCCUUCUUUCUGGAAAGCCACUCUUCGAUGGUCUGAAAAAGGUGCUUGCGAACUACCCUGCAUCUCGCGUGAAGGAGAAUGUCGCAGAAACACUCUCCAAGCUCACAAACGAGGACCUGGCAUUCUGGCGCGUCGAGUUCGUCCACGAAGGGCGCAAGAUACGCGACAACCGAACUCUGGACUCAUACGACAUCCGCGACGGAGAGACGAUUCAGGUUAUCGUGAAGGAGGAGGAGGAAGAGUUCAUAUGGAAUGAAGGUGAUCCACGAGCUGACGACCCGUGGUAUCCCUACACUGGUGAUUGGUA